CCAGUUAUGCUGAAAUGAAAAUUUUAUUUUUUUUCUCUGAAGUAAGGUUUUAAGGCAGAUAAAUAAGAGGAGCUAUAUUGUUGUUGAGAAAUAUCUCGAGUUAUUCAACUCUGAGAGGUAAAUUCGUGAAUCAUUAACUUUCAGGACUGGUUCCAAGCUUCCCUUUCAGUUCGCUGCUUGUCCUGACUUGGUGAGGGUUGGGCUCUCUCUCUCUCGUUCCCUGAGGAAUGGCGGUGUCGAAAGUCUCCAUCUCUGAAGCCAAGUUAGCCUGUGCCAUCUGUCUGGAUCUCCUGAAGUCCCCCGCGACCAUUCCCUGUGGGCACAACUUCUGCAUGGAGUGCAUUGGGAGAUGCUGGCAUCAGGAAGGAGGGUCCGAGACCUUCAGGUGCCCUCAGUGCCGAGAAACAUUCAGCUCCAGGCCCUCCCUCUCCAAGAACACCAUCCUGUGUGAGAUUGUGGAGGACUUCUCCCACGCCGACCCAGCCUGUGCCUCCAGGGAGGCAGUCACUUCCCAGGGUGUCCUGUGUGACUUCUGCACCGACGAGAAGCUCGAAGCCGUUAAGUCAUGCGUGGUCUGCAUGGCUUCGUACUGUGAGGUCCACCUGCAGCCCCACAGCAACAACCCAGUGUUCAGCGACCACCGACUCAUCGAUCCGGUCAGGGACAUCGAGAGGAGGAAGUGUCCCAGCCAUCGGAAACCCCUGGAGGUUUUCUGCAGGACUGAUCAGAAAUGUGUCUGCUGCUUAUGCGCCAUCAAUGAACACAGGCAACAUGAGACCGUGUCUGUGGAAGAGCAAGUGGGCGAACUGAAGAAAGAACUCCAUGAGCAACAGACUGAGGUGGACAAACAGCUGCUGGAGACCACGGAGGAGAUUGGAAAGCUGCAGCAGAGAGCUGACUCCAUUAAAGGUAUGGUGCUGCAGGUCAAACAUCACACCAGGAACAAGUGUGCUGAGUUAGUGAAAACCAUUGAGCGGGCACAGAAGGACGUUUUACGAUAUCUCGAUGGUGAGGAGGAAGCUGUAUUGAGCCGGGUGGAAGAAUCCAUGAAGCUACAACGGAUUACUCUUGCUGGGCUGCAGGACAGUAAACAGCAACUCCAGGCUGCCCUGGAAAGUGAUGACAGCUUGUUUGUUUUACAGGAACAUUGGAGGUUGAACAAACCCGUGCACCCUGCUCCCAUCUCACAUUGCGAGGCUGAUGUCAACUUUAGCACCGUGGAAACUGCCAUGACUGAGCUGUCCAAUCACAUCGCAGGACAGCUGCAUAGCUGCUUCAACCCACAUCUGGAAGGAGAAGUCUCCAAAGAUAAUGAGAAAGAGAUCUCCACCAGCCCAGCGAUUGUAUGUCCCAUGGAAACAAAGGCUGAUCUCGACAGUAAGCAGAAAGCAGAUUAUGUACAACACGCUCUCCGGCUGACGUUUGAUCUCAACACGGCGCACAAGCACCUACUUCUAUCGGAUGACAACUGCACAGUGACAGAUGUUGACCCCGAAAGCGUCCCUUACCCCGAGCACCCCGACAGGUUCAGCAACUUCCCCCAGGUGCUGUGUGCCGAGAGCCUUUCGGGAGGACGCUGCUACUGGGAGGUGGAGAUCAGUGGACAUUGGGCGGGAAUUGGGGUCACCUACAGGGGGAUCAAAAGGAAAGGGUCGAAUAUGUGCAGCCUUAUUGGGCGGAACAGUUUGUCCUGGUGCCUCCUGUACAGCAACAGCAAGUACUCAGCUCUUCACAACAAGCAGGAGGUCAGUCUGCAGUCCGGGAGGUACCAGAGAAUUGGCAUCUACUUGGACUACCCUGAGGGCACGCUGGAUUUUUAUGGGAUUGACAACACGAUGAGUUUGAUCCACAGGUUCAAGACAGAGUUCACCGAGCCUGUGUACCCUGCUUUUUGGGUUUUUCUGGGAACAUCUCUCCGGAUAUGCUGGCUGGAUUAGGAGCGUGCUAAUUUCUACUUCCCAAGUGUCUUCUAGCCUGCACUUUCAGAGAUGGGCUCACACGUGGUGCACAGAGGCAGUGAUCAGAGAGCCUGGUUUAACUGUGGAACACAUGCUGUCACAUUGGAGUGGAUGAGGCGAGUAGCUGAUACAUUCAACUAAAUAAACUGCUGUAAAAUCUCAGCGAGCCAGCCAACACUGUGGGAGACUAAGGGUUAGCAUCAGUCCCUGAGUGACAUGGGCUGUGGCAUGACGAGUGGCAGAACUGCGUGAGAUGUUUAGCAAAUCCCACCUCGAUGUCGAGAUCACCUCGCAACAUCUGGUAUAGCAUAUAGUGUGGCAAGGUACUCACUAGCAAGUUCCCAAUAGGUGCCUACUGUCAAUUUGUUAAAAGCCUUGUUAACAGCGUAUCUUGCCGUCUUAUCAAGCUCACCAACAAACUAGCCGUCAGGAGACCAGAGCGGGUUCCAGGUGGGUUCAACUCUCCGCUUGUUCAGAAGGAGAUGCUGGACACUGGGCACUAAAAUCUCAAGGGGUGCUCCACAGGCAGUGGCCACAUGCAACCAUGUCCAUGGCAUCCGACAUACGCCAGCCUCUUGGAACGUCUCCAAUCCACUGACGGGACACUUCUGCUCUUCAACGCUACGCCUCAGGCAGCCCUGGUAACUCGCAUUGUAACGCUACAGCAAGCAUGCUAGUGUGCUCAGGGGCACACACCCAGCUCAUAGAAUAUCUCCACUGUGGAAUGAGGCCAUUGGGCCCAUCAAGUCUGCACCGACCCUUUGCAGAGAAUGUCAUGGAGAGGACCAGGCUGCAGCUCCAAGCUCUUCAAUAGCUGUUAUACAUAGCAUCACAGAAACCCUACAGUGUGGAAACAGGCCGUUCAGCAAGUCCACACCCACCCUCCGAAGCGUAAUGCACCCAGACCC